AUGGGCACCCUUGACGCAAGAGCAGACUGGGAGUGCGUAGGGGAUAAGUGGUUUCGCAAGACCCAGCAGUACACCGAGAUCUUCGAUGAGGAUGUAGAUCUUGACAACCACCUCGUUGCUGGGGCCCCAUAUGCAGGCGCAUUAGCUUUAUGGCGUGACGACUCAAAGUUGCAAUUAUAUCAGCCCGGAAAAGCUACGAAGCCUGCUAUUGACAUCUACAGCCUGGCGGGAAAGAAACUCCGCUCCAUUCCUUGGGAUAAGAGCCGCAUCAAAGGGCUGGGCUGGUCAGAAGAUGAGUCUUUAUUGGUGGUCACCGCCGACGGCGAUGUACGAUGCUAUGAUUUGCAAGGGGAUUUCAGUAAUUUUUCUCUGGGCCAUGGCGCAGACAACUAUGGUGUCGAAUCGUGCCGGUUUUACGACAGCGGCUUGGUAGCCUUGCUGGCCAACAACACAUUGAUAACGGUGUCUUCGUAUGCCGAACCACGUCCAAGGCUUUUGGCAGCCAUACCUGAGGCUGAGAUCCAUUCAUGGGCAAUCAUAUCCCCCGAUCACACCUUGUCCCGGUCUGUUGAGGUUCUACUGAGCAUUGGUUCCACAGUAUAUGUGGUGGAUGCGACAGAUUGUGAAGAUCGUCUCGUUGAUGGUGGCCCCUUUAGCCACAUCAGCGUCUCUCCCGAUGGUCGAUACGUCAACCUAUAUUCAAAGACGGGGACCUCCCGCGUCAUCACCAGCGACUUUCAAGAACCGAUCCUUGAACAUAAUUCCGACUCCCAAACACCACCAAAAUACGUCGAAUGGUGUGGAACAGAUGCAUUGAUUGCGUGGGAAGAUGAGGUACAUGUAAUUGGUCCCGGUGAUCAAUCAUUGUCUUACAUCUACGAUAGCACCAGAAUACAUGUCAUUUCCGAGUAUGAUGGUGCGCGACUUAUCACAAACGACUUUUGCGAAUUUCUGGAGAGAGUACCCGCGGAUACUCUGGAAGUCUUUGGCCCUGCAUCUGAAUCGUCCCCUGCCUCUAUUCUCCUAGAUGCUGUUGGCCAACUGGAACUUCAAUCGCCCAAAGCAGACGACUACAUUCAACUCAUCCGUGCGAAUCUUACUGAAGCAGUCGACACGUGCGUCAACGCGGCCGGCCGGGAAUUCAACAUCAAAUGGCAAAAACGGCUUUUGAAGGCAGCUUCGUUCGGCAAGUCAGUCUUGGAUAUCUACAACAGCGAUGACUUUGUUGACAUGUGCGAGACACUACGAGUCUUGAACGCAAUACGUGACUUCAACGUUGGGAUGCCUCUGUCUUUUGAACAAUAUCAUCGUCUUACGCCGGAGAAAAUUAUUCGACGCCUUCUUCAAAGACACGACUAUCUUCUUGCGUUGAAGAUUGCCGCCUACCUGAAAUUGCCCACGGAUCGCAUAUAUGUACAUUGGGCAUCUGCCAAGGUGCGAAACGGAGCCGAAGAUGACGAUACAAUCUGCAGAUUGGUGGUCGAGAGACUGUCCGGCAAACCAGGAAUCUCGUUCGAGGAGAUCGCGAGGGCAGCAUAUCAUGAAGGCCGUGGCCGCUUAGCAACGGAACUUCUGAAUCACGAACCGCGAGGGGGAAGACAAGUACCUCUCUUAUUGGACAUGGAAGAGGAUGAGCUUGCACUGGACAAAGCGAUUGAAAGUGGCGACAGCGACUUGAUCCUGUCUGUGCUGCUUAACUUGAAGAAGAAGCUGCCGCUUGCGUCCUUCUUCCGCGUGAUCAACUCUCGACCAACGGCCUCGGCAUUGGUAGAGGCAUCGGCGAUUGCCGAGGGCGACAACAGCGUGCUCAAGGAUUUGUACUACCAAGACGACCGCCGAGCGGACGGGGCCAAUGUCUUUAUCCGCGAAUCGCUGCAGCAGCCAGACGCCCGCACUGCUUCGGAUAAGCUGGCGCUGGCGGCUAAGCUGCUUUCUGAUUCCAAAGAGAACCUGAUGGAGCUGUAUGCGUUGAAGGAGACGACGACCUUGCUGCGGAUGCAAGAAUCUCUGGAUCGUGACCUGACUGAUUCCUUUACGGGACUGAGCGUCAACGAGACAAUGUUCAAGCUUAUUCGACUGGGCUACAACGGCCGUGCGAAGAAGGUCCAGAGCGAGUUCAAAGUUCCGGAGAAGGUCUUCUGGUGGAUCCGCCUGCGUGCAUUGGUCACGAAAAGAGACUGGAGCGAGGUCGAAGAGAUUUCGAAAUCGAAGAAGAGCCCUAUUGGCUGGGAGCCAUUCUUCAACCUCACCCUUCAAGCGGGGAACCCUCGACUGGCGGCUGUGUUUGUGUCGAAAUGUACGGCUCUGGAACCGGGCCAGUCCAUCACCAUGUACGAGAAGUGUGGAAUGAGGAUCAAGGCGGCCGAAGAGGCAAUUCGACUCAGGAACCUAGAGGCCUGGGAGCGACUGCUCGAGGCGGCGGGGAAAGGCUCGCAGGAGGGUCGGGAGAUUGAACGACUUGGGAAUGCAGCGUUUAAGAAGUGA